GCGAGUCUCAGUGCGUGUAUCCGCUUUGGAAGGCUGACAUGAUGAGGCCAGCGGUGUGAAAACUGUAGGGGAUAGGACCGAUAGAUUGAGGCCAAGAAGGAGGAGAGAACGGCGAGUUGGUGCUAACGGCGGGACCUAUCUCAGGCUGUAAGACUCUCCUAUCUCUCCUUCUUACGCACUCAUGGAGAUAGAAAAGGAGUUUCACGAGAUCGACAGAUGUGGCAACUGGUCCUCCAUUUACCAGGAUAUCCGACAGCAAGCUGGUGAUUUUCCUUGCAGAACGGCCAGACUUCCUGAGAACAAAAAUCGAAACCGGUACCGAGAUGUCAGCCCUUUUGACCACAGUCGGAUUAAGCUGCAGCAAGGUGAGAAUGACUACAUCAAUGCCAGUUUGAUUAAAAUGGAAGAGGCCCAGAGGAGUUACAUCCUUACACAGGGACCUCUUCCGAAUACAUGUGGUCAGUUUUGGGAAAUGGUUUGGGAACAGAAGAGCCGAGGCGUUGUCAUGCUCAACAGACUCGUUGAAAAGGGAUCAGUAAAAUGUGCACCAUACUGGCCAAAGAAAGAAGAAAAUGUAAUAACAUUUGAAGAGACAAACUUUAAAUUAACAUUGAUGUCAGAAGAUAUUAAGUCAUAUUACACAGUACGUCAACUUGAAUUAGAGAAUCUUUUGACACAUGAAAACAGAGAAAUUCUGCACUUUCAUUAUACCACGUGGCCUGAUUUUGGAGUCCCAGAGUCGCCUGCUUCAUUUCUGAAUUUCUUGUUCAAAGUGAGAGAGUCUGGGUCACUAAACCCAGACUGUGGACCAGUUGUAGUUCAUUGUAGUGCAGGGAUUGGAAGAUCAGGGACUUUCUGUCUGGUCGAUACCUGUCUUCUUUUGAUGGACAAAAGGAAAGACCCAUCUUCAGUGGAUAUUAAACAGGUUCUAUUAGAAAUGAGGAAGUACCGAAUGGGAUUAAUUCAAACUGCAGACCAGCUACGUUUCUCCUACUUAGCUGUUAUUGAGGGAGCAAAAUUCAUUAUGGGAGAUUCAUCAGUGCAGGAACAAUGGAAAGAACUCUCAAAUGAGGAUUUGGAUCCUCCUCCUGAUCAUACACCCCCUCCACCAAGACCUCCAAAACGUGCCACAGAGGUGCCUAAUGGAAGGACAACGGACCAGAGGAUUUUUUUCCCCAAACAGGAGGUGAUUGAGGAGAUUAAAUGUGAUGUCAGAACACUUGAGGAAUUGGUGCCUGAUGGCAGGAAUUUAGAGGCUGCACAGCCAAAUACAGAAAGCAGUAGUCAAGACCCUGAAAUUCGAAAGAGGAAUGUUGGUGGAAAUUCAUUUAGCUCCAUUGAGAAGGUGAAGCAAGGAGGCACAGAGAAUGUAAAGCAAGAUGAAGAUAACCUGUGGUCAAAUCUAAAGCCCUUUCUCUUCAAUGCCUGUGUGUUCACUGCACUUUCUGCUGGUGCUUACUUCUUCUAUAGAGCAUCUUUCUAUUGGUGGACAUCUCGGCGAGAUUGAUUGUACAGUGAAAACUGCCAUUUAAUACAUUUAUAAUUUGAUGCUUUGCAAAUGGAAAUAAGGCUGAAGAUUCUGAGCCUAGACUUGAUGAAAGCAGGCCUGAAGUUUAAAGGCUGGAACUUGGGUGGGGUGUUGAGGAAUAAUAAAAUAAUGCACUAAAGUUUAAUUACGCCCUGUGGUCCCAAGAACUUAACAUUCUAAUCUCAGGGCCUUAAAACAUUCAGGAGUAAGCAGAUAAAUGCCAAAUAAGGAUUUUUUUCUGAGGGGAAAUAAUGUAAAUAACAUUUUGUUGUUUGAACUUUUUUAAUAAGCCAUUUUCCCUGUUUGUGUUGCCAUUUUCUUUUUCAAAAUAAAAGAUUGGCAUGCAGAUUAUCUUGUACUUUUCCAGUGUUGUAACCAAAUACAUAUGAUUUAUGUUGCAGAUUUCCCAACCAAAAGUUUAUAGGGGAAGAAUGUAACUUUUUAUUUAUUUUUCAGUGUUUGUACACAUUUCAUGUAGUUUAAAAGACUGAGUUGUGGGCAGUGCCUGUGGUAUAAUUGAUUCUCUUUACUCUCGACAUAGACAUGGUUAAGUGCUGUAUUCAUACAAUAUUUGAUCAGGAUUUAUAUCUGUAAAAGAAAAGAAAAAAACAGGCUUCUGCGAUUGCUCAGGGUAUCCCAAGCAAUUUUUUUUUUCAAUCAGUGCUCGCAAAUUUGCUUGCAUACAUGAUAUAUAAUAACAGUGAUAUACAGUACAGUUCUGGAACCUAUGUAGUAAACUGAAAGAAAUAAUAAUGACCUCUUUGUACCAGCAUUUUUAAAGCUGUACUGUAAACUAAAAUGUUUAUAGUAUUUAGCUUGAGUGUUUCAUAAGGCACUGUAUGUGUAGAUUUUGUUUUUAACUAAUGUGAUUAGUUAAAAGACAUUAUGUAAUAACAUCACAAUGUGCUUAAGAACCAGCAAGGAUGGAAAUACAGUGCACCAAAAUAGAAUGUCAUUAAACUGUGGUGUUACCAUUGGUUGCUUUUUUCAUUUUUGAUUUAAAACAGGUUAGAUUUUUAUUGGAAACUCUCAUUUUUUUCCUUUGGCUUCUGAAAGACUGUUUUACAUCAGAUCUGCGUUUUGAAGAAGAAACAAGUUCACUGCAGUAGAUGUAUGAAGUGAUGGAAAGAAAUAACUCGUGCUAGAUCAGACUUGCAGUCAGUGGAGUGCUAACAGAAAUACCGUGUGUUGUGAAAAAGAUGGAAAGUUAAGAACCGUUUCUUUUGGACCCCUCUUGUUCUGAUUUUUUUUUAUGUGAAUGAAGCUAGCCGAUUUAAAUCUUAUGAUGUUACUUAAUGCUGGUCUUAAUCUGCCUGUUUUAGGCUUUUUCUUGAGGCAUAGUAUCCAGGACUGUUCAUGCGCAUUGAUUUUGGAAAGGAUUUUUUUCUAGUUGAUGUAACAGCUAUAUAAGCAAGAGUGCAGCACUGCUUAUUAGCUGAUAGGGGGAAUAUAAAACUGUAAUGUGCAACAGCACCACUAAUGGAUCUGGUUCUUGCAUUUAAAUGUGCAUCUGAUUUUGCUCAGCACUUAACAACACAGUCUGUCAUUACAUAUUUAUGGAGUAUAUUGUGUAGUCAUGUUUUCACUCCACAUUUAUUUUUAACAGAUAUGUCUGUAGUGCUAGUUUUUUUUUUUACCAAUUGUAGUUUUUCUUUCAAGUAAUAGCCUUGUGUCAAGGGCUAAAAAGUACAGUAACUCAUUGAGUAGUGCUGUGAAUAUUAAAUGACAUUUCUGUAAGGCAAUAGGUAAAACCAUUACUUAAAUGAGAAAAUUGUAAGUUGCUACUUAGUAAUGUUGUGUAGAACAUUAAAAUAAUUGGAAUUUGUUUAUUAAACAAGGGUAUCAUUAUAAUAAUAUAUGAUAGUGGAUUAUCUGUGUGUUUAAGCUAUGUAAUUACUUUGUCCCAGUGAUUCCUUUCCUUUGUUUGGAUGUAUCGUGUUCCAGAACUGUUUGUACAGUACAUCUGUAUCCUGUUUGUUGUAGCGUGCAUGUCUGAUUCUUUAGUGUCAUAAUUAAAUACAAAUUGUUUGAGAGGUGAAAGAUGCAGAUAUUCCCAGAUGUAUCAGUAAAAUUAUGUUUGCAUGGUCUGAAGAGUCAGUUGUGGCCAUGCUUACAGAUGCUGGCACUGAAAAGGUCCUUCAGUGAUGCGUUGUUAAUUGUGUGUGAAAUAAGAGAAUAUACUUGCCUAGUAUUUGGCAUGUGUUUUUAUUGAUAUUUUUCAUAAUCUGUGUAACCCAGAUGUUUGUUACUGUAGAUCUUUUUUUUGGUUGAAUAGUUGUAGUUCUGACAUUCCAAGGUUUCUUAGUAAGCCAUAUUCAGAAUUUGCCUCCAUUGCCUCUGUGAAACACUCUUUUAUCAGUGGUACGCCAGCAGUCAUAAAAAUAACUUUAAAUCUAUGAGUACUUUUGAAAAGUAUAUCUGCAUUUGUUGAAAAUAAAUUGGUACAUCAGCCUUGUUUGAAAUCAUGUAAUUAGAUUAAGGGAUAACCUUCCCUGACGUAAGCCCUCCUGGCUAUGAUAACUAAAGAAAGUAUUGCUGUACAUUAAAUAGUGUCCCUAGUUACAGUGGUUGUCAUUUUUUGUACAUCACCAUUCCACAAAUAUGUUUUGAGAUGCUUCUUUAGAGAAUAUAACAAGCAGUGUGGUUAGAUAAUGUGGGGCUAUACGUGUUUUGUUUUUCAGGCCUGUCAAAUACAUUUAUGACCAAAAUAGAAGACGACUGCUGCCUGAACAAGUAACAGUGGGGGUGUGAAUAAGGCUUAUUAUACCAGUAUGUAAACAUUUAUGUUAUAAAGUCUAUUGUAUAUUUAUGUCAUAGUUCAGGUGUAUAUACAGUAGAGUACAGUUUAAAGUUGGGUGUAUUGGUCAACCUUUUAUUCUAAAGGAAAAACUAUCAACUAUAUCCAUAUUGUUAAAAUGUGUUAGAAAGCUAGGAAGCUGCUAUGCUACAUGCCUUAAGUGAAAUAUGUUUACUCAUCAGGUCUUUUUUUACAGGAUGGCCAUACAAAAAAAAUCAUUUUUUAAUGAAAUGUUUUGGUAUAAUACAUUUUCAGGUGUUUUGCUUUCUGUACGAUACCCACCAGUGAGUACCAAGUUAUAAUAAAAGUGUGCAAUUUUAUACUCAUUCCCUUUAAAGUUUCAGUGCUAUUUUUAGCUUCAACAAUAAAUAUUUUUUAAAAAAACUG